AUGGAUUCGUCACAAGCGUCGACAGCGUUGCGUCUCACAUCGCUCUGGAAAACGAGCAUUAAUUCCCCGUUUCAUCUGUUUACAGGUCGUCAGUUAAAUGGAAUAUGGCACACGGCAAUAGUUGCAUAUGGAAGGGAAUAUUUCUUUGGUCCUGCCGGCAUAAAUAGUGUCCGACCAGGCAGCACGGAAUUAGGAGAGCCGCAGAGAAUCGAAAACCUCGGCGAGACUUAUUUACCCUAUACGGUUUUCCUGGAGUACAUAAACGGCCUGGGAACUUCCACGUUCGCACCGGGUACGUACCACCUAUUCAAGUACAACUGUAAUACCUUCACAGAGGAGCUCAGCAAUUUCUUGGUGGGCAAGGGCAUUCCCAAGUAUAUCCUUGAUCUACCGGAAGAAAUAUUGCAAACACCUAUCGGGCAGGCUUUAAGCCCAUUGAUAGAAACAUUAAGUAGUAGCGCGAGUUCUGGAUUCACGGUCGGUCAGAGAUUUGUCGAAGCGAGGAUCCAGAGGGAAGCUUCGCCGGAAUAUCAACUCCUGAACACAGCCAUUGAAGAAGCAAGGUUGAAUUCGAUCGCGUUAGAAGAACGGAGGAACGUCAUUAACGAAAAGCUAGCAAAGAAAGAUCGAAAAAAGAAAAAGAAGAAGAAGGAAAAGAAGGAAAAGGGCAGCAAGGAGACCACUGGCAGCGACAGUAAUAGUACCGGACCAAGCAAUUGCUGUGCAGAUAUGGCGGAACAUGAAAAUGCGGUUGGUGGUACGCAACAGCAGACGGCUAAUGGAGAAAGCGCGGAGAUGCUACCGUCAGAGCGAGUAAUGCAGAUGGAGGAGGAUGAGAAGCGUGAACAAGAAGAGAAGAAACGCCAUCGAGAUCCACCGAUAGUAUUCAAGGACUUGGUGAACGUACGGGAGGAAUAUGAAGGUUUGAUAAGCGCCAUGGAGGGAAAGUUAAACGAUGAAGAGCGAACGUGCAUGGACGAACUGCGACAAUACGUUUUGGAGAAUGAGGGUUCCUGGGCUCUAGGCGAUAACUUCUUGAACUUCGUAGGUCGAGUUCUCUAUGAUAAGUCGUUGGAUAGUAACGCACGAGUAAAACUGGUAAACGUACUGUCGGUCGCCGCAUUGAAGGACGAUGUGAUUCUAUUGUUGCAUCAAGAUAGGCGAGAACACAUCAUCAUGAAUUAUGCUUUCGAUAUCGACCGGCAUCCGCAGGAGGAACAACUUCCACUCGCGCAGUUCUUGGCGAACAUGUUUGAGAAUCUCAGCAGCUCGGAAUGGUUACUCUAUAUAUCCGAGUGGCAGCAUCAGAAUCAAAGCAUUAGUAACAUAAGAGUAACGACCAAAGUUGCGGUGCACUCGUUACUCUCGAACUCGGAAGACCUGCAGAUCCGCGGCGCCGCCAUCAUUCACAAUCUUGCCUGCAAGGAGAAAAUGAACAAAAGCAAAAAUCUGCGGCGACUUUUACCGAAAGGCAGCAUUUCUAAGGUGUUCGACGACGUUGCUGUGGAAUUGACGAUGGCGUUGCUACAAUACUUUAACGGUAGUCCCGCGGAGGAACAGUUGUACGCGUGCAUGAAAUCGCUCGCGCGUUUCACGCAGAUCAGCGGCCAGGAGGUGCCGCAGCUCAUACAGAUGAUCGGGCCCGAACCGAACAAAUUCAGGGGAACUUCUCAAAGGAUCGACGAGCAGAUCGAUCAAGUCAACAAGAAGCUGCGCUAAAUGUCCGUUGAUUGUUCGCGAAAGUUAUUAUAUUCCAGGCGCGAGAUAAAAAUAUGACGCGCUUGCGCUACGUUUAAAAUGGAUUUUUAACUUAAAGAUUCUAGAUGAAGCAGCCAUAUUAUUGUAUUAUUAUUUGUAUUAUUAAUUAUUGUUACCAUUUUAAUAUUAUUAUUAUUAUUAUAUAUGAUAUGUUACCAUUAUCAUAUUAUGCGACACAUCGUGGCGCUUUUUCAAUCUCCUUUUCACUUUUUUUAUUCGACAAUGCACAUUUUUUUCUUAUAGAAAAUUCAAAAUAGCGACACUUUGCUGUCCUGGAUACAAAACAAGUGGAAAUAAAAUAAAUUAUACAUGGCAUA